AGAUAAGAAUCUACCCUUCUCUCGUUAGUUACUACCCAUCAAAUACCAUUGCGUUGUUAUUACCACACGAAUUUUAUUGACGUCAUACGACUCGCAGGACUCACGCUUACGACGUCAUCUUUUUAUGUCUUAUUCGUAGUUUUAUGUAUAGUAAGGGUGCUCAAUUGUGAUACAUAUAUAAUGAAAUUCAACGCAUCGUGCUUCAUUUGGUCAAAAGAAAAGAAUUUCUGAGCUUUUAAAGAGAUGAAAAUUCUAUUCAAAUAAUUUUUCUUCAAUGAAUUUAAUUAAUAAAGAUUUAAAUUAUUAAAAUCAACUGAAACAGAUUCUUAGAAAGAUUUCCUUCACGUGGGGAAUAGAAAUCGAAGAAUAAGCAAUGAGAAAAAGGAGCACGUAACACGGGGUCUACUGAAGAGGUGGAGUUUAGUCCCAACGAUCCGCAAAGUAUUCUGAGAGCGACCUCCUCACUAGAAUUUCAUUUGUGGUAUUUGAGUGUAAAAAAAAUCAAUCCUCUGCUAUACAUAGAAAAUAGGUAGGAAGUCUGUAUUUGCACGCACUUUUCCAAUGAAGGAAUUAUUCUUUCACAUAAGAGUACAUAAAGAAAAAAAACUUUUAGGCCACUAUUAUAAAAUAUUCCGUAUUCGGUAUAGAGCCCUUUCGUGCUUUUCUUUUUUAUAUAGCUCUCACUCGAUGCACUUGGAGGGCUAUAUAGCAAUUCAUUCAACUUCUGGAUUUCUUAAGAAAACACUUAGAACUUAAUGGAAACUUUUAAUGAUUUUAAACAUAUUAAUUUAUAAUAAGACAUUAAAGAAUGAUUAGAAUAGAAACCAAUUAAUUAAUAAGAAAUAUAGCAAAGAUUAAACUCUAAUUGCUCUUAAAAUCUUUUUUUAAAAGCAAGGACUAUUCCUUGUCUCUAAAAGCAUUCAAUGAUUAUUUUUAAGUCUUGUCAACGCAAACUAAAUUCACUCACAAGCUAAUCUCAGUCACGAUACCGAAUUAAUCCUUCGAAUUCUUUUGCUUUUUGUCUUACUUUUUUAUUCGACUAUUUGGCUAUGUAUGAGUAGCUUUGGUUGGUAACAAAAUAAAAAGUCCUUUUUAUACACUUGAAGAAAAAUGAGAGUGAUAUUCAUCGAUUUAAGGAGCCUUUACCAAAUCCACUCACUAUCCCCUAAAGGCAGGCCCACAAAGGUCAAAUUGGUCAAAUCUAAAAAAGAAAACUUUGGUCUGUACUUGUGGUUUUUUUCGGGUUAAGCUCUUAUGAAAAGAAGGGUUAAGAACCUUAUUUAGCUAUUACUGCAUAAAAGUGGAACACCAACUUUUUUUUUUAAUUAUUAAGAAUAAUUAUUAAUAUCUGGACUUGGCAAUUGAAUCUCAUUGAUUGAUAUUCUCUCAACCAUUCCGUUCUUGAGAGAUUCAUUUUAUUUUAUCUCUCUCCUUGAACUUUUUCAUGUUAAUCUGCUGUUAAGAAUAAAUAUUCAGAGAUUCAGAUUGAUUCAUUAAAUGACAUUUUAGCUGUGUUUCUUUCAGACACAGCUUUUGUGUACCGAGCAAAAUCGAAAGUCGUCAGAUCGGGCUCAAACUUGGGAUGAGCACGAAUUAGGUUCCCCACAUUUCAAAAAACGUAUGCGCCAAAAAAUUUUUUUUCCGGCCGUCCGUCCGUCCGGCCGGCCGGAACCUAACGCUAAAUUGCAAGAGAACGGUAAUAGAUAGAGACUUGCGGUAAACGGCAAAGUUUAAAUAUCGACCGGAAGACAUCCGAUUAUGAUGUCAAAUUUUACCCCCCACCCCCCCGUCCGCCAUUUUGGAUAAUCUCAAAAUUUUGUUUUCGCAAUAUCUCAGCCCCUGUAAUAGCUAAAAAUCUGAAAUUUUGAUAUGUUGUAGGGGCCAUCAAGAGCUUUACAACGAUACCUCAUUUUCGAAAAUCGGUCAAGCCGCUUAGCCAAUAUGGCCGCCACAAUUUUUCAUCGAAAAUCGACCAUAACUCGAAAACGGCUUGACCGAUUUUGAUCAAUCCGGGGUCAAAUGAAAGAUCUCAACAAACCCUACAACUCUCUAGAACAUCCGAAGUUUCAAAAGUGACCGCUAGGGGGCCAAAAAUCAAAAACAAAAUUUUCGAUGAGUUUUCGAUUAAUAUCUCGAAAACGCCAUUAUCGAUUUGCUUCAUUUUUUGAUAUGUUAUAGCUGACUAUAUUAUCUAGCUCCAUGCCAAAAAUGAAGAAAAUCUAUGUCUCCGUUCUCGAGAUAUAGCCUUCCAAAGUUGGCAUGUCAUAUCUCGGGUUCUACAAGUCCGAUUUUGAUCAACUCAAGUGCAAAUGAAAGGUUUCGUGAAGCCCUACAAAUGUCUAGAACAUUGCAAGUUUGAGAAAUGACCGCGAGCGGCGCUAAAGUCAAAAUCAAAAUUUUCGAAAAUUUCGAACUCGAAUAUUUCGAAAAUGCCAUUAUUGAUUUACUUCAUAUUUUAAUAUAUUAUAGUUGAGGUUAAGACCUUUCCAACGAUAGCUCAAACUCGAAAAUCUAUGGAGCCGUUCCCGAGAUAUGGCGUUUUAAAGAUUUCUUGGGGGAUGACUUUUCAACUUUUCCCGACUUUGCAUGUAUUUAAACAAAUUCGGGUUCUAGUUUGCUCUCACAAAAUUGGUACACUGAAAGAAACACAGCUCUCGUAAGCUUGGUCAGCUUACCCGUACAUUUUUUUUAUCUAUAAGCAGUUGAGGUGAAUGCUCGUUUGCUAACAAAAUGUAAAACAAACAUUGCAUUUUUCUUUCCAAUCAUGCAACAAAGAAACGUACCUGACAUUAUGAAGGAAAAUAAAUAAAUAAAACGUCACAGCUCCUUCACGUGAGUAUUGUGAUGAGCAUAAUCUGACGCAAUCGGUAGCGUGAUAAUCUUAAGUAAUCAAUGUAUAUGUAUAGUAUACAUAAAACACCGUCCUUUACACCUUGGUUGGUGUCCAGGUGAAAUUUUUCUUUGAACAAUUUCUGUUCAUGUGAAAAUUAAUCAAUUAUUACAUUUUUCGAUUGUGGUAGUUUCUUCCAGCAGAGGUUAAAAAAGAAAAUAUAUAUACAACAAAUAUAAUUAAGCACAGUUUUGCCCAUUAUCUGAAGCUUUCCUUUCUAUAGAAGAAAUUUCUUGUCACGCAAUUCUUGAAUUUUAUUUCUUUGGGGGGGGAGAACAUGAUUCCGGAUAAGUUUUUAUACUAAAUUAAUCUAUAUACAUAUAUAAAACAUAUAAUAUAAACGUAUGUAUAUAUUAUAUAAUGCGUUAUACCUACAAUAAAUUUAUUUUGUGCUCUUUGUUAAGGUACAACGCGUGUAUGUAUAAGUUCAAAAACACCCCUCUAUAGUUUUUGUUCUUAGUUCUGUAUUCCAACUACAUAUUUUGCAUAUUAUUAUUUAUUACAUAGUAGCAAAAAAGGUGUAUAAGUUAGAUGGUUUCUUGUGUUAAAUUUCUGGUAAAUUCGCAUGCGCAACAUCAAUUUCUUUGUAAAGAGAAUUUUACUUUUGGUAAAAUAGCCAUUACCCUCACUUUUCUUCGUGAAAUCCUUGUGAAUAGUUGCAAAGUAAACGGAGAGGUUCCUUCAAUCAAUACUCUCUCAAAGAAUUGAAAGAAAAACCUAAAAACCAGUGUAAGAGUUUAAGUGAUUGAAAAAAAAAUAACACAAUUAAAACUAAUUUAAAAAAAUAAUCAAAAAUUAGUGUGCCUUUAAUGAGACCGUUUAGAUCUGUUAUUCGUUACAUUCGAGAAAAGCUACAGGAUUUUCUUCAUGAGCAGCAAUUGCGAGCCAAUGUGACAUAUCAACAUCUCUGAAAAAAUUAGAGGAGUCUUUUGAGAUUAAUCAUUAUACAAAGGGCACAAAUACUUUUUUUUUAACAAAAAAAAGUAAUAUUGAACUUUUGCGAGUGAAUUUAAUACUUUUAAUUUUUUUUACGAUGCAUCAACCACUAAAGAGAUUUACACAAUGUGGCAGUUUAACGAUGAUUUCUGCUGUUUUCAUCGUCUUGUUUGGAGUGAGUUCAACAGCACUUACAACAUUUGGUAAACCGAAUCCUAAUCAGCAGCUUCCACAACCUCCAACACCGCCACCAGUGAGGGCGAAAGACUGCAAAACUCACUCCGAUUGUUUUGUUCAGCUGAAUACAAGCUGUGUGAAAGAAUAUUACGAUGAUCGCUUUCGAUGCUUAUGCGGGGACUACACAGCUCCUGUUAACGGAUUCUGUCAAGCAAAAUUCAAAGGCUUGAAGCACAUGUGCACAGACAGCAACCAAUGUGAAGAAGGAAUGCUCUGUGCGGUGGAAAAUUCAACAAAAACAACAGCUUUGGGAAAUAAAGUUCAAUCCAGCACUUCAGGUGACCAACAAAAAGUGUGCCUAUGCGAUGAGGAUGCCGGAUAUUCAGAGAGUCCACGGAACAACAACUGCAGUGGAGCUAUCACCAUCUUUGCUGGAAUCAUCGUGCCACUGAUAUCAUUAGUAGCUGGUUCAAUUAUGGCUAGGAAGCCACUUCAGUAAUAUACUAAGGCAUCACUACUAAAUUAAUAAGCAAUCACAGUGUCCACACAAGAUGCCCACAAGAUACAUUUUCUUCAAGGGAAAAGCAAUCAUCAAAGCACUACCUGCAAAUAAUACACCGCAACGUCUAACUACAACAAGAAAAAAAGAACAAAAUACUAUGUACAAUGAUUCUUUUAAUAAUUAUAUGUGUAGUUCCUUAUGAAAUAUUUUUUCGUUCUUAAUAGUAUGUUUAUAAAUCAUGCCUAGAUGUUAAUUUUAUUGUGACCUUAGAAUGCAAUAUUGCGAGUAAAAUUGAAAUAAAACAAAAAAAUCAAACAGAAAACUUUAAGAUAAAAUAUGUAUUAAUUUUAUUCUCAAUUUUCUGUUAUGUAAAUAUAUUACAGAACUAAAGAGUGGAUAAGCAUGACAUGGAUCAUUAGAAGCUAGUGAGCAUGAUUCAUGUUGUCUUAACCCAUGUACCCUUUGAAAAAAAAAAGAUUUUUUCUCCUAAUCAAUCUAUAUAGAAAUAGCUGUGAACACAAAUUAUAAUUUUUCUUAAUUUGAAAAAUAUUUUUCAGAUAAAAAUAACUUUUUUUUUCAAAUUAAUUUUAUUUUCAUGUAAAAUAUUACUUUUUUAUUGAAAAAAAAUUAGACUUAAGAUAAAAGAAAAGAGCUUUGAUCCCUAUAAAUAAAAAUUAUUAUAGCUGCUAGAGCACUACAAGCACUACUAAUCACACAGAAUAACCUUUUUUUUAGAUGAGCAAUAAAUAACAAGUUAAUUAAUAUAAGAACCUCGUUUAUUACCAUCAUUUCCUAUUUUAUAUGUCGACUCCUUCGUUUUAGGCAAUAAAAUUAAUGUUUUAUUAUUACAUCAAUGGAAAUUUAUGUAAAAAUGUUUAUUUUUAAAAAUUUACAUACAUAAUAUAAACCAAAAUGAUCAAAGAAAAAAAUAAUGGAGUGUUUGAACAAUAUGAUUUUUAUCCAACGAGCAGUUUACUUUAAUACCUCCCGCAUAAAGAAAAAAAGUUAAUUUCACAAUGCGGCUGUUAGUGGUGUAAUAGUUGAGGGUGGUUAUAUUAAUAACUUUCCCCCCACUUGCUCACCUUUGCUUAAGGACUACAUUAAAUACAGUGGGACCCCAGUACAACGACCACUCGGAUGUACUCUUCACACUCAUUAUUUUCAAUGCGCGAGAGUAGUUCAACCAAGCCGUCGUUGUACUGGGGUCCCACUGUACAUACAUAUUGCAAACAUUCAAUGUAGAUAUUUAAAAAAAAUGAUCCUUAAUAACAAACUACAACUCGGUAUUCAGAAUUUAAAAGAAAAUCACUGAUAUAAAGUACAAUAGAAAUAAUACAGUAGUGCCUUAACAAAAAGAACUUUUCUUUUUUGUUCUUUUUAUUUUUUAGAGAUACAUACUAGACCUUAGAAUCAAACCAAAACUUAAUAAAAAAAAACAAUUUUUCUAGAUUAAAUGAAUGCUAUUUUUCUCUUCUACUAAACACUAGUCUAAAUACAAAUCAAAACUAAUAGAUACUAAUAAUUACCGAUAAUAAAUCAAUGCGAGCUUUGAUAGUUUUUUAUCGCAUUAAUAACAGACUAUGAGAAGCACUUCUUGUGUACUUUUGACCCUUAAAACUAUGCUUGUAACAUUGUCAUUAUCAAUAUCACCGAAAACGUACAAUGAACAUUUUGAAUUAAUUCAGCAUAAAUAAGCAUAAAGGAAAGAAAGGAAUAUAAGGAGCCAAAUACAGUCAAAAACGGAAUAUUAAAGACAACCAAAAUAAAUAUGAGACAAAUAUUGUGUACAGACAUGAAAGCUAUAAAAAUGGUUUAAAUAAGCUGAUAGAAUUGAUAGAGUUCACAUAAACAAAAAUUAAUCAAUAAAAUGAGCUAAGCCAUGAGAUGUUCUGCAGUAUUUAUAAGGAAAAUGGUUUGUUCUAAUCCAAGCAAAAAUAUUGAUGCAUUACUUUUCUUAAUUUUCUUCUUUGAUAUUGCUAAAAGAAUGCUGCUACUGAUAGUCUGUUUUUAGAAAGUGCACCUUACACAAAUAUUAAAGAAAAGGUAGUGCCUCAAUAAUUUUUAAAUUAGUAAAUAUACCUACCUAUUGUAUUAUCCUGUAUUAUUAUAUAAAUAAAAUUUCUUGAUAGUA